AUGCAGGGACUCAGACGCAGGACUCGUGAGUGUAUCUCUGUCCACGUGGGGCAGGCGGGUGUCCAGAUUGGCAAUGCCUGCUGGGAGCUUUACUGCCUUGAACAUGGAAUUCAGCCCGACGGCCAAAUGCCAAGUGACAAAACCAUCGGUGGUGGAGAUGACUCCUUUAACACGUUCUUCAGCGAGACUGGGGCUGGCAAACACGUGCCCAGAGCAGUAUUUGUGGACCUGGAGCCCACUGUGGUAGAUGAGGUGCGCACAGGGACCUACAGGCAGCUGUUUCACCCCGAGCAGCUGAUCACCGGGAAGGAAGAUGCAGCCAACAAUUAUGCCAGAGGUCAUUACACCAUUGGCAAGGAGAUAGUUGAUCUGGUCCUAGACCGGAUCCGUAAACUGGCAGAUCUGUGCACAGGGCUGCAGGGCUUCCUCAUCUUCCACAGCUUUGGAGGCGGCACUGGCUCUGGGUUUGCAUCUCUGCUUAUGGAGCGGCUGUCGGUGGAUUACGGCAAGAAGUCCAAGUUGGAGUUUGCCAUUUACCCAGCCCCUCAGGUUUCCACAGCUGUGGUGGAGCCCUACAACUCCAUCCUGACCACCCACACCACCCUGGAACAUUCUGACUGUGCCUUCAUGGUGGACAACGAAGCCAUCUAUGACAUAUGUCGGCGCAACCUUGACAUCGAACGUCCCACAUACACCAACCUCAAUCGCCUGAUUGGGCAGAUUGUGUCCUCCAUCACAGCCUCCCUGCGAUUCGAUGGGGCCCUGAAUGUGGACCUGACAGAAUUCCAAACCAACCUGGUGCCAUACCCCCGCAUCCACUUCCCUCUGGCCACCUAUGCCCCGGUCAUCUCAGCUGAAAAGGCCUACCACGAGCAGCUGUCUGUGGCGGAGAUCACCAAUGCUUGCUUUGAGCCGGCCAAUCAGAUCGUGAAGUGUGACCCUCGCCAUGGCAAGUACAUGGCCUGCUGCAUGUUGUACAGGGGGGACGUAGUCCCAAAAGACGUCAAUGCGGCCAUCUCCACCAUCAAGACCAAGCGCACCAUCCAGUUUGUGGAUUGGUGUCCAACUGGAUUUAAGGUGGGCAUCAAUUACCAGCCUCCCACUGUGGUCCCUGGAGGAGACCUGGCCAAGGUGCAGCGGGCUGUGUGCAUGCUGAGCAACACCACAGCCAUUGCCGAGGCCUGGGCCCGCCUGGACCAUAAGUUUGACCUCAUGUAUGCCAAGCGGGCCUUUGUGCACUGGUACGUGGGAGAAGGCAUGGAGGAAGGGGAGUUCUCUGAGGCCCGUGAAGACUUGGCUGCUCUGGAGAAGGAUUAUGAAGAGGUGGGUGUGGAUUCUGUGGAAGCUGAGGCUGAGGAAGGGGAAGAAUACUGAGGAAGGAUGCCACGGGCAGGUGCUCCUCUCUCCCGCCAUCCCCAGCAUAGCUUCUUUUAAGGUGAUUACAAUUAAAGUUUCACUAUAAA